AUGACGGGAACAGAACCCAUCGAGAAGUCGGAUCAAUUGCCUGAACAGAUUACCUCCCACCUACAAGGGGAGUCCUCCGACGGUCCCCUGCCUGGCGAUCACUGGACGCAGACUGCCAACGACCAUGAACAAGAUAACGAUGAUACCGACUCCACGCUUUCGGAUAAUGCUAGUUCAACCGCAUCUUUAACAUCCGAGAUCCUGCGGUACCGUGAGAUAAAUGGAAGGCACUAUCAUAGUGAACAGGGCGAUGCUCAAUAUUGGAUCUCGAACGACAAUCAGUCCAACGAGGCCUUGGACAUCAACCAUCAUGUUCUGAUACUCUUGUACGAUGGAAAGCUUUGCAAAGCCCCAGUGAAGGAUGAUAUACAGACUGCGGUGGAUAUAGGAACUGGCACUGGUAUUUGGGCAAUUCUUAGGGACUUUGCAGACGAGUUCCCCAAUGCAAAGGUCAUUGGAACUGAUAUCUCUCCAAUUCAACCGAGUUGGCUACCACCUAAUCUUGAGUUUCAAAUCGAUGAUUGUACCCAAGAUUGGACCUUUCAAGAAAGCUCUCUCGACUACGUGCAUAUGCGCUUCUUAGUUGGCAGCAUCGUUGAUUGGACUGCUCUUUAUAAGCAAGCGUACAAAUGUAUCAAGCCCGGCGGCUGGAUUGAAAGCCACGAGGCUGGACCGACUAUCAAGAGUGACGAUGACUCGAUCCCCGCGGAGAGCGCUAUGGGGCAAUGGGGAAAGCUCUUCCUGGAAGGUGGUCGACGACUUCAAAGGCCGUUCUCGAUUCUUGAAGACGAUGUCCAGCGCCAAGGAAUGGAGGAAGCUGGGUUCACAAACAUACACGAGGAAGAAAUCAAGCUUCCAAUUGGUGGGUGGUCGAGCGAUCCCAAGACGAAGGAAGCCGGCCAAUAUUUCCAAGCGGCUAUCCUACAAGAUGUUGAGGGUACUCUGAUGUUCAUCGCGAACUUGUUGGGCUGGGCUAAGGAAGAGAUUCAUGUCUUUGCUGCUCGUUACCGCCGCGAGAUCAAGUCCGAAACUCAUCACGGAUACUUUUUGGGCAAGGUCGUAUGGGCUCAGAAACCAUAUGAUGCAUAG